AAUACUUUUAAGACAGGCAGAUAGGUGUUAUUCUUAAUUCUUUUCCUGUUGAGGGUGUCUCUUUAAUGCGGUUAAGAACUACUAACUCUGAUUCACCACCAUCAUGUUUUCUGCUCCUAGUGCACUGUAGGGCUUCAUUUCUGCUCCCAGCUUGGCUAUCUUGGUUUUUUCAGUAGUUUUUCUUUUCUUAUGUUCCAGAAGAUGUUUCCUUUCUAUUUGUAAUUACAGGCUAAAGUUUAUUUUAAGGAGACUUAAUACAAGUCAGGGAACUGAUUCUCAUCUGCACUUGAGCCCUGUUGCAUGGCUCCGUAACAUGAUGGAGUGUGAAAUGGAGUAAAUUAUAAACAGAAUUCACAGUGGCACACUUAAGUCUUUUUGCACCCCGUGACUCUCAAAAAGGACCCUCACAUUUAAUAAGAAUCUGGUGCCUGGUAUUCUUGUUCUCUUUCUUUACAUCUUCAUUUCAUAAUAAUGCCACUUAAAAAGCUAUGUAGAAAGUACCAGAAAAGUCCAUGAUAACCCACUUGUAAGGAGGAAAUGGGGAGCAUGAUGAACUAAAGGGAGGAGGAGAAAAACAUGGAAAGGUUGCCAAGGUGCAAUCUGCGGGAAAGCAGCUCUGAAUUUUGUAUAAAAUCAGAUUCCAGACCACAAUAAUCAUAUAAUUUUAAGUUCCUGAAAAGGUAUCUUUGGGCUAGGUGUUAAGACCCAUCUAGGUGCCUGUUGGUAUUUUCAGUACCACCUGGACACAGACUCUCUGAAUCAGCAUUUUAGAUAGCUGAACUAGGUAGUAUUUAGCUCCUGAGGCUCAUGGUGUUCUCAGAAUAUUAAUUGGACCUGUAUAGUCAUAACCAACGAGGGUGAGGGUUGCGAUGCUAUUCCUUGUAGUCUGUCAUUUAUUCUGUCACUGUGUUAUUGCUGGUAUUCAAAGUAACCGAUAAAGCAAAUAAAAAUAUGAUGCCACCUUGAUGCAAGAUUUUCUGUCGAAUAUUUUAGGGCAGAGUCAGUGAGCCUGAGUAUUCUCUGCAAGUCGAAUUAUCCCCCCAAAUACAAGGUUUUGCUGCCAUGCUCAACAGGUGGGCUGGUUAGGAAAAGGGGACUCUGUCAUCCAGCAAGACUGAAUCAUCCAUCUAAAGGCGUGAGGGAAAGCAAACCCUCUGAAUUGCCACAGCUCUGUGCUGGGUGUAGAUGCUGAGCUAAAUAAUUCAGCCACGAUCCUAGGUCAGCUGAGGUGGAAACGAGUGGCUGUGUGCUUUUGUAGUGACACAAAGCAACCGUGAGCAAAACCCCGGGCGAGCUUGGAAAACACACACUCAGAUGAUGAGGUUAAUAUUUUUCGUUGCGCAGCCACGGCUGAGCACUGUGGUCCACUGGUUUGCCAGCAGCCCCACUUCUCCUGCUGCAGAGAGGUUCUCAGGCAUCAGGGUUUUUUUUCCAGGAAAAGCAUCUCCGUAUGUGCAGCCUCCCUGGCUGCUCUAACUUUCUAAGCAAGAGCUGAAUCCUCAAAUUACAUUUGUUUUUACUUUGAGAGGCCAAAAUUCCUUUUGCAGGUUCCUCUGGAGAUGCGUGAGUCAGUGGUGAGACUCAGUUCCUGCACUGCCUCGGUGCAGAGCUAAACAUCCACAGAGAGCUGUAGAUGCAGCUGAAAUUAUAAGUGUUAUAACUCGGUCUUUAUUAUGGUUAAGGAAUUUUCUUGGGGGGGGAAGAUGAAAUCAAACCAUUUCUGAACGAGAUGUAUGCACUCAUGGCACGUGAGACCUUUCGUAGCGCAUUUGUUGCUACGGCCAAAGUUUUAAAUCUUCUGCAGAUGUGGAAAUUGUUGGAAGUCUUAACUUGCUCAUUGCCUUAUGAUGCUACGCAAAGAAAGUCUCUUCAAAGGCUUCAAAGAUCAAGUUACUUGCUUAGGUUUUCCCCUCAUGCUAAAUCAUUCUAUUCUGCGCCGCUGCUGACAAACUCACACCGCAGUCUGAAACGUGGUGCAGCUUGAAAAGAGACUGUUAAAACACGGUAGGACAGCACGGGGUUAACUUUCUCUGGGGAACGAGCUAGCUAUUAUUUAUAAAAGGGCAGGUCCUGAUUUUCGCUUGUGUGGAAGCUCCUGUGUAUAGCUCUGAUGGUCAAAAGAAGCCACAAUUUAAACAAGAAUCAGGAUGUUAGCAGUCAUAAUGGUUUUAUACAUAUAAACAAUUACAACAGGUUUUGCACGAGCUGUGAAUUGCCAAGAUGCAACAUCCAGCUCCGGGGUUUGACGCAAAGAUUAGAAGUAGCUAAAUGGUUAUUGCUAACCUCAACUAUUAAGAAAUCGUGGUCCAAGCCUCCAAAAUCUUGAGGCUGUUCUUAAAAUGUUGUGAUUUGAAAGUGUUUAUUUGAUAUUUUAAAGAGGGUUCUUUUGAGUUCACUUUAUGUACCUUCUGCCUUUUUAGGCCACAGAAAUCACAAAGUGCAGACAUUUUUUUUAUAAACAGAAGCUGAGAUUUGGUUGUGUAUUUAUAGGACUACAAGGCCCAUGACUCUAACAUGGCAUGAAGUAUCAUGAGACUUGUGGUAUGUGCCUCUGAGAGCUGGCAAGACUGUAAAGGACUUAUUUUUAUUGCCAGAGUGGUUAAGAGAUGACUCUGGUUAUAUGGAAAGAGCAGAACCUAAGGCAGGGCUCUCUUCAUAGCAAAACAUUUCACUGUGUUUAUGCUUGUAAAAUGCAACAAGCAGCUAAGGAAAUGUAGGUCAAGUGAGGUUCAUAGCAAAGCAGUUACAGUUUUUGUCUCAAAGAUGCAUCUUAGGUGAUGUUAAGUAGUGUUUUCUUUCCCUAAGUGUAAAGCUGCAUCCCUGGCAGGUAUUCACCACUGAACAGGAAGGCGACGUGCGAGCCUUAUGGCAGGGAUUGAAACAUCUGUCGUUCUUACUCCUUCCCUGAAUGUUAGUUAAGCUUCAGAGAGACCCUUCUUUUUCCUUGUUUAAGCAUAACCUACUGUUUAUAGCGCAGUAAAAAGCUGCAUGGCACUUUGGGGAAAAGAGCUGCUGUGCUCAAAUCGAGGUAUAAGAGCCUGGAAACAAUUUGGCAGUGUUACUCUCCUCUGCCGAGCAGACUGCCUGAGACAGUCCUGUGCACCAAGUCUUCAAAAGUAAGACCUGUGAAUGUAUGCAUUAGCUCGUGCUGCCCUGGCGUGCAAGAAGAAUUGUUGCCUGAGUGCUCCCACCAUCGCUCACCAGCUCUGUUUCUAGCAAACCAUUAGCAGCAGAAUAAGCAUCAGCUUUGGGAGAGGCUUCACGGAGCCCGGCUGGAGAACCAGCAUCUCCAAAGCAAGAGCAAGACAAGAGGAAUAUCCCAAAUGGGUUUAAAUGUGCCUGCCCAGGAAGAGAAGAUUUGGGUCUAGGAGGAAUAAACCUCAGAACAAGGGAGGGAGGCAUGAAGUGUCAGGAUGUUGUGAGUACCCAAAUGUCUUUCCUUGGCUCUGUGUCUAACCCGCGGGCAUAUUUUGCAUCUUUUCUUCUGCAUCGUCAAGAGAAUUACACAUCAAGUUCCACCUCCAGGGUCGCAUCACACUUGCACUGAUGCCAAGAAGACAAAGAGAUGUUUUAGCUCUUCUUGAGGGCUUCAUCGCAGUGGAUGAUGCAGAAGAAGAGAAAACCAAGCGUGACUUCCAGCUCAGAGCAGGGCUGAUGUCAAACAAAAACACCUUUACUUAGAAAAUGUGUGUGUGCACGGGGUGCACACCCUUCGUUGCUGGUGUGGUCAUGAGGCGUUGUCUCUUCUGGAUCUAUUUCCCUGCUUUCUGAUGUGUCGUGUUAAUAAAAUCAAGGUUCUUUCUCAGAAGCUUGGCUUCUGGAACUGCCUGCAGUGCCCGUCCCCAGUGCAGGCCUGAACUGCGGGAGGCCCCGCACGCUUUGGCAGAUGUUUACAACAUGUCACCUUAUAAAACCACGUGGAAAGGCCAGCGUGAAUUCCUGUUAAUGCCUUUUCUUUCUUGUGUUGCUGUUGGCUUUCAGCACGUGUGGAGCGAAAGUGAGGACUGCCUACCUUUUCUGCAGCUCGCGCAGGACUACAUCUCCUCCUGUGGGAAAAAGACACUCCAUGAAAUAUUGGAAAAAGUCUUCAAAUCCUUCAGACCCUUACUUGGGCUUCCAGAUGUUGAUGAUGAUGCAUUUGAAGAAUAUAACGCAGAUGUGGAAGAAGAGGAACCAGAAGCCGAUCACCAACAGAUGGGUGUCAGUCAGCAGUGAUUUUCUGAGAAGCUAAAAAAGAUUCGAAAGCCUUUGGUACCAGGUGGGGUCAGGUGGUCCCACGUUAGCCUGUUCGAAUUAGCACAUCACAUGGGGAUAUCUGGCUCCCAAGAUAAAGGUUUUAAAAAAAAAAUUAUUAAUAAUAAUAAUAAUAAUCUGUGAUGAGCUUUGCUAAGAAGUGACCUGAAUUUUGCUCCUGCUUCAAUGGGUUUUCUAUGGAGUUGUCUUGGUAGCAUUCUGCCGUUAUCAGUCUAGAAGUAGUUUUGUGGCUGACUUGUCUCUUCGAUUUGUGUUCGAGAGUAGCGCUCGCUGACGUGAAUGUAGAGCACCCAGAAUGUAGGAAGCGUGUGGUGAGAGAGAGGGCCAAGUCCUCACCAGUGACCUUUCCGAGGAAACCGGCGCAGAAGUGACCUGCGCUUUUAUUUUUAGUUCAACAGCUAUGGUUUUCGACAAAAGUACCAAACUCGGAGAGAUUUCUCCUGAAAAGCACUAGUUUAAUAGUGGUUGGUACUGCAGAAGUGCACGUGAAGGCUUAACAAAAACCAUGGGAAAUGGGAAAUCCAGGGUGGCAUUGGUGUCAGGUGUAUUAAUGUCGUUUUACUGACACCCGAGUUUACAAGUGCUGGAUUAAUAACUGGGAGUAAUUAGUAUCAGCAGUACAUGUUAUAACCAACCCUGGUACUCCAGCAUCAUGUGAUCCAAAGCCAAAUGCUUGCUUUCUACAAACCAAUUAAAAAUUAGCCAUUGCCUAGCACACUUCUGCAUGACAACCAACUUUAAGCUUUUAAUACACUCCUAAAUCAUUACUCAAACCUCGCGGCAUUGUGAAUUAAAGUGCAACUUAACUUUGAAGCCAUAGGGGUAUAAACCAGCACCUGGCUCUUAAAAUUAUGCCAGACCCGUUCCUCUCCCUGGGCCUUUGAGCUAAUCCAGGCAUUUACACCUCAUUGGAGAGGAGCUAAAAUACUACUGCUUUGGCUGAUAUAAAAACUAGUGAGGUUUUACUUAGCUGGGGACUUGCUCCCCAGAGGGGUUUGGUGGGCUCUUGGUAUAAAGGAGAAGACAACCCCUCAUGUUUUAUACCUAUUUUGCAUAGAUUUAAGUGACUCAGAUGAGUGCCAGACUGUGAAGAUGCAAGGUCUCUUUAUUUACUUGCCUUUUGUACUGAAAAUAUAAGAAGCAAAGGGAUUCUGUUGUUAUACAGCUAUUUUCCACGACUGACCAAAAUGUUUCUAAAUUUACUCCUUUUUUCCAAUUUUUUAAAAAUCGUGAAAUGAAGGUCACAUGCUUCAAAAGCCCUUUUAUACAGAAUUAGCUUUAUAAAACCAAAAAGUGAGCGAAGAGGAAAUGCUUGGACAACUCCCAGAAACAACUCACAGCAUUUUGAAAACCCUGUUGUUAGUGACGUCUCCUUUUCAAUAGAUUUUUUUAAAGACUUUUUUUUUUUUUCCAAGGUUACUUAAGAGAGCAAGUUUUCUUGGUGGUUUACAUUUCUGAUGAUGGCUUGAGAGAUGCGUAGCACUUGAUUUUUUUCCAAUCUGGGGCAAAGACCUUCCGUAACCGGGAAGGUGUGUUGUACCUGAGUAUGCACAGAAGUGUCUGCAACACUGUAAAAGUCGGAGUUUAAGAAUAUUAAAUAAAAAAAAAAAAGGGGGGGUGGGGAGAAGACAAACAGAGCUUAAUGAAAUUUUGUACAUUCUUUGGGCAUGCAGGCAUCAACAUGGUAGUCGCAGCACAUUUUCUAUGGACUAGUGACGUGAGAACUGUGUCAGUUCAUUGUAUAACACUGUACAGCAGCAAUAGGCUUUUUGCUUACUAAAAUAAAGUGCAAGACCAGUGGUUUCCAGCCCUGCUUUUAAGUCCCUAAGUUUUUCUUUACAGCUAAAACAGAUGCCAUAACCUUAAACAGAGCCUUUGCUUCGGGACAACCUUCCUCUUCCUAGCAUCCCGUCCUCGGGUUGCGGCUCGCACAAGUAGAUCUUCUGGGGCUGACUUUCCUCUGCCGUAACGUAAGGCGAGGGAUAAUUUGCAGUAGCACAAGCUGGAGGCAAAGUCAGGUUUGUUGGCCAUGUGCACCUGUUUUGUUAGCCACGUGCACCCAUUUUGUUAGCCACGUGCACCUGUUUUGUGUCUGGUUGGGUGCACGGCUGCACAGACGGGUGCCGGCACAACAGCCGGAGGGAUGAGGGGUGGACAUGGGUGGUAGCUGAGGACCCUCAGCCAGAGGUGCCUUGCAGGGUGUCAGGGGCACCUGGAGGAGGUGUGGAUGCUCCACAAGGCUCAGUGGAGAACUGGGCUCUGGGCGGCAGCGGGAUAGGUGGGAAUUCUUGAAAUGAGAAAAGACUGUAAGAUCCAGUGCUUGUAAUUGCCCACAGGAGGUUGUGACACCUGCUCUGCCACCUUUCCCUGACGAUUGACUCAGUUGUCAAUGAGCGCUUGAGCAUUAAGAUGGUUGCAAGCAAACAUAAUGCUGUAAAUUAUGUAGAUACAUUAUUUUCUGUAUUCACUAACUGGCUUUUUUUUCGGAAUGCCAUAUGCCGUUUGGGUGACUUCCACAGCAAGUGCUGGACAGCCGGGGGGCCCUUCUGCAGCCCUCACCCCUGCAAAAUUCCUACUGAAGCCAACAAGAAUUCGUUCAAACGUGACCUGCAGGACUGGGCAGGUGCUCCAGGGGACGCAUGGGGCUUGGUCCUGCAGAGACCUGCGUGCUCUUGUCCCCUCUCACUUUGCUGGGAGCUGAAUGUGUUGAGCCCCGCUGCCGAACUGAAGCGUGACCAGGCAGCACUGAGGAUAAACUGGAAUUUUAUACAUAGAAAAUUUGCUUUACAUGUGUAUUAAAUGUGAAUGAGCAUUAAUAUAGAAUGUAUUUUAUCAAAAAAAUAUUGAUUGCUUACUUUGACCAAAUACAUUUCUGUAUGACCGCGUUACUUGUUCUAUACUUACCAAACGAUGCAAGAGAUGCAGAACUGGUUUAGUUGUAUUACAAAGUAUUUUUAUAUUUUAUUUGUAUUUUAUUUUUCCCUCACCCCCACCACAUACUGAGGUUAGUAGCCAGUCAGUAAUUAACCAGGGGUGCAUCACCCAGUGGUCAGGCUGCCAGACUGAGGCACAAGAUUUGCCACCACGUGCAUUAAUGCUCGCAAGCCUGGGGACUCAGUGAAAAAAUGUGGGUUCAGAGCUCUGCCCUUGCCUUGCCCGGAGCUUUGGGUGGAUCUCAGUGACUGGGAAUUCAGGGGAUGCCUCCAGUUAUGCAUCCAGGCCUCCAUGAAAUUCAGUGGGAGCAAUGUAACUCCUUUGAAAGUCCCACCUUAAGCCUAUUCUCAAAGUCAUUGCCUAUUCUCAAAGCAAACCAUUAGUGAAAGGACACAGAAGAGUCUCUCUUCUCCUGCCUCUCUCACAGGCAUUUCGUGCUCUGGCUAAAUAUAAAUAUACAAGAGCAGAGCCUCCUGCGGAACUGGCGCUUGGGAAUAGGAGUUGGACGAGCGCAGUGAGCAGAGUGCUGCUCGGAGGAUGGAGAUACAUGGGAUGCCAGAGGGAAGAGCGGAUUUCAGGAAUGUAACAGCUGGUUUGGUUAGCAGGGGAAAGAGUGAGAACGGCCCCUCACAGAGAGGUGCUGGGAUUUCUGAGACAGCCCAAACCAUCUUGUCACAGAUCUGCUCAUCGAGCCGUUGCAGCUUAUUCAAAGGCUGCUCUGGCCAUUACUGGGGCCUUGAGCUCAGCUGUGUUUUUCUAUUAGCAUCCUGCCUGCUGAAUGCAUUGAGAUGGUUGAGAGAGGAAGGGAUGGAGAAGAGGUAAACUAAAAAGCCUUCUCCUCCUCUCUUCCCUAACAUUAUUAUUUAUGAUACUGUGUGAGUCUGUAGGAGCAGCAGUGAGGGAGCACGAAGCUGCUUUAUUAGGUGUGCACUAAAAUCUCUUAAAAGGACUUGCUCACGAGAGAAAAAAACUGGCAAACUGUUUCCUUGAAAAAAUGCAGGGAAUAGCACAACCAGCCUCUUUUCAACAUGUUUCCUGGGAGUCAGGGCUGAAGUCCAUGGCUGUUUUCCUCACUGUCAAUUUUAGCUGUGGCAGGAGGCAAGGUUACUAGUUCAUCCAUCCUUACUUUAUGUCCAUCCAUGACUUGUGCCCGUGUCUGUCUUUCCUUCAAGUCCAUCCUUUACCUGUGUCCAUCAAUGCUCUGUGUCCAUCCUUACCACUCUGUUCUUAGAAAUUCCCGCUCCCAGAAGAAGGGGAGCAGAGGAAGGGGGAGAGAAACAUCUCUUGUCUCCCACAGCUUGUGGCAUCAGUGAGAGAUGCAGUUCAGCACAGAGUGUUACUGAGCUUUCUCACAGGGGGAUGAGGUAGCCAGGGAGGUGUGUUAUCCUCUGAGGACUCACGAGUGGUCCAUGCUGGACAGGGGUUACACAGAAGACAGCAGUUAUUUUAGGUGCCAAACCCAAGAUCUUUUCAUGGGAAGCAAUGCCUAUCUAAAUAACUCAGUCUCUGAAAAUCAAAAUCAUGACCCAUUGAGGCUUCCCAGGCUGGGCAUCCAGAAAAUGAGACCUCUCUGGCUGCUGGUUGCUGGGGAGCCUGACCCGGCCUCUAGGUCUCUUCCUCAGCACUGGCUGGUUUCAGGCUGGCCACGGGAUGUGGGAAACUGGGAAGGAUUCCUUCAGGGGCUGCAGCUGGAUGCCCCUUUCUGUAAAUUGCUGAGGUGAGAGAAAGGCUUUGUUUUAUCUGAGAGAAUGCUCCAGGGAGACCUUAUAGAGGCCUUCAGUACCUAAAUGGGGCCUAGAGAAAAGACAGGGAGGGACUUUUUAUCAGGGAGCGUAUUGAUAAGUCAAAGAGCAACAGGGGAUAGAUUAGAUUAGAGAUAUUUGGAAGAAGUUCUUUGCUGUGAGGAUGGUGAGACACUGGCACAGGUUGCCCAGAGAAGCUGUGGCUGCCCCAUCCCUGGAGGUGUUCAAGGCCAGGCUGCAUGGGCCUUUGAGGGAGGUGUCCCUGCCCAUGGCAGGGGGGUUGGAACUAGAUGAUCUUUAAGGUCCCUUCCAACUCUAGCCACUCUAUGAUUCUAUGAAUCACCCAUUCAGUGAGCCAAAUUAUCAUUUACAUGCUCUGUGUUUGACUUUUUUUCUGAUUGCCUUUGGUUUUUUUUUCCCUAAGAAAGACAAUCCCUAAAGGCACAUAGACUUCAUUGCAAACCCCAAUUUCUACAGAGCCUUGGAACACUGCACUGUCAGUACGAGCUUGGUCAUAAACAAAUAUACAAAUUAACAAAAAGGCGCUCGUUUGUCUGCAGAAAAAAACCUUCUUUGAACUAGUUACUGCUGACUACAGUAAAACUCACUGGUUUCAUGUAAAAUACAUUGAACUUUGAAAUUCCCUUUCUGUACCAACAUGCUGCUGCUCAUGUAGGCAACGAUCUGCGGUAACGCUGCAUGUAAAAGAUGUCUGCUUUCAUCUUCGGGGGUGGUGGUGGAAAUGUCAGCUCUGGAUUUCAGUCAAUGCAAUUUUUUUGUUGUCGUCAGGUUUUCCUUUACUAAUUUAGGGACCAGUCAGACCUCAACACGUCGAGCAGAAACCGUGCUGCGCCGUGCCGUGCGAAAGCUGGCCGUGGUGUGCUUCCCACCAUUUUUCUGGCUGGAAGAUCUCACUGUCUUUGGGAUUACAAAGCUGUGAAACGGAUUGCCAAAAAGAUGUUGCCCUUUUGUUCAAUGCUUUAAAACGUUGUAAGCCUUCAGUGGAGCCCUGCCUUUCUUCCAGUCCUCCUCCUCCUCCCACCACCGAGGCAUCAAAUCCAGCAGUGUUGUUACACCAUGAGCUUGCCAUUAAAGAUCUUACCAAACUCU